AUGUCUGGAGGCUAUUCUGCAGACAAAAAGGCCAAGGUGGUGCUGAUCAAUGCAGAGAGACUGGACUUUGAUCACAAGCUGGAUCUUUCGAAGCUCUCAGCCAUUGCAGACGUGACUCGUUAUGAGUCUGAUGCAACACCAGAAGAGAUUAUCGAGAGAGUGCAAGGUCAGGAUAUCGUCAUCUCCAAGGAGAUUCCAGUCCCGGGCCACAUCAUUGCAAAGUUUCCUCCUUCAGUUCGUCUAAUCCAGGAGGCCGGCACCGGCUUCAACAAUGUGGAUUUGGCUGCAGCGAAGGAGAAGGGUGUCAUGGUUUGCAACUGCCCUGCGUACAGCAGCGAUGCCGUUGCACACCUGGUUCUUACGCUGAUUCUGAAUUUCUCUUGCUCCUUGGUCCCCCAGAUGCGUAUGCUUCAGAAAGGCGAUCGGGACAACUUCACCAAAUCGCUCCAGGUUCCCCAUUUCGAACUUCAGGGAAAGGUUCUGGGACUGAUUGGUGGCAGUGGUGGCAUCGGCAGCAAGGUGGCAGCUCUUGCAGAGGCGAUUGGCAUGAAGGUUGUCAUUACAAGUCGAAGCCCAAAGCCCAAUGCGCUACCUCUGGAGGAGCUGCUGCGGACAAGUGACUUCGUCAGCUUGCACUGCCCUUUGAAUGCGGACACCAAGCACUUGAUCAACAAGGACACACUGAAGCUGAUGAAGCCAACUGCUUACCUCAUCAACACAGGCCGUGGCUCCUUGAUUAAGGAGCCUGAGCUCAUUGAAGCCCUGCAGAACAAGACGAUCGCAGGUGCUGGUUUGGAUGUGCAAGAGACAGAACCACCAGCAGCGGACAAUCCUUUGUAUAGCUUGGAGAAUGUCAUUCUGACCCCGCACAUUGGCUGGAAGCGCUUGGAGACGAGGCCUACCACUGUUUUGAUGGACAGUCAUGACAAAGACAAUGACAGACAGAUCCAUCGGGAUGAGUUUGAGUUGCUCAUGAAGAAUCCGGAGAUGCAUUUCGUGCUCACCAGAUUUGGAGUGAAUGUGGCAGACCUCCUUAACUUGAAAGAUGUUCUUUUUGAGGACAAUACGGAGCAAGAUGAAAACGACGAUGAGGACGAAGACGAGAACAAUUCGCAUGGCCUCAACACAGCGCGUCGGCGCUUGCGGAAGUUAAGCUUUCAAGAGUUCCUGGAGGUCGUCUUGCGUUUGAGAGGUGGCAACAGUGCCACCGUGACUGAUAUCGUGGACCUACGAGAAUACGUGCGACAGCGUUUUGACCGGAUGGAUCUGCGCGUGCAGCAUGCAUCAGUGGGAGGAACUCCAUCGCCGAAUGGGAAGCUAAGAACGAUGAAGUCAAUGCCUGCUCGUGGUGCCAGGCAUGUGCAAGUGGAAGCGCCUCCGCGCAUUCACGAGGAGCCCCAAACUCCUGCGGAGCUACCACGGCUCUUGGGCGAGGAUCCAGAGACGCCCAAAACGCCCAAGCGAGUCUCCUUGGCGCUGGGGGACGAGAUCAAGUCACCGCGCUCGGAGGACUCUCCCGUUAAAAUGGGUCAACUUCCCAAGGCCUGUGCCAUACAUUUGGCCCAGUGUAGUUGUGGUUUGAUUUCACAGCCACAUUUGACACCACCGAUUUGCAAUGUGAUUUGA